AUUCAAAAUGACCCCUAUAUGUUCUUUUUAUCCAUGUUUGUUUGCACGGUAGUGCUGUCUUAUGCAGGAGACCAUCAUACCUUAGUGGAGCCACAAUCUUGCCUUUAAGGUCAUGGAUCAACUUAAAAUUCGGGACGGAUUUUAACUGUUUACUAUUUCUUGGAUACCCCUCCCUCAGUCAUGCUUUACUAUUCUUCCUUGAGACCAAUUGUUUCACAGUUGAGCCAGAAAGGCAGGUAAAUGUAAGUUUGAGCAUUGCCAUGGACCCAUAAUUGUGAGAUUUCUCCAUCGGCAUUUAAUGAUAGUGAUUCCAGUACGAUUGCAGCAGCAACUUCUAUGUAGUCUGUAUAAUGGCAGAUUUUACACUUACUCCUUUUUACUUGGUGUUUUCCCAAUAAGGUUGCUUGUACAGUUUGCAAUCCCAUUACAACUCCUGCAUAGUUAAAGAUGAUCAUGUAGAUUUAGACAAAGAGGAUUGAAGUUAUUUCCUGAGACAGAUUUUGUUAUAUGUGCUGUUUCUGUCACAUGUGUUUCUCCCUGGACAUUAAAAAGAGCAUGUAAUAGAUUCAGUCAGGACAAGACACAGGAUGUUGCUGUCCCCUCCCCUGAUUGGACAUGUAGGAUGAUGGGCAUAUUUCUGCUUUGGCUAUUUUCCCUUCUCUAGGGAAUAAAUUGAUGGCACAGCACCCAAAGCUCUCACCCUUUUAAAUUGAGGGCAUGGAUGAGGAAAUAGGAAAAAUUAGAGAGGUCCCAUAAAAAUUUGCCACAAAAUGGAACAUGCCGAAAUAAAGGGGGAGUUGUUGGGAUGGACCAAUCAGUGGGAGAAAAAGCAAUAUUGGAGGCCCCAACUUUACCUGUGAUGGGCAUGAGCAGGAAAGCUGUGGGGGCUGCUGCUUUGUCAGUUAGUGUUGUCUGGUUUUUGGUGGUUGUGAGCUUAUCAUCAGACUGGAAUAAUAGAAGGGAUAAUGCAGUCACUGCAGUUCCAUCAAUCACAGGUGGAAGAGGGAAACAACAGGGCAGCAGCAUUCAUCAUCAGGAUAUCAACAUCAAUUAUGUCAGCAAGAGAAGAGUGCCCAAUGGACCUGAUCCUAUCCACAACAGGAGAGCAGGAGAUUUGCAACUGCCACCCACAUAAGCUUAAUCCUACACUUCAGGAUGAACACAAGGUAAUCUAGAAGAAAACAACCAAUGCAAAUUUAUCUUCAAACCUUCAAAUUCUACACCUAUAGUUUAUAAUCUGGAGGAAUUGUAUGAAAAUUAUCAGUCCAUGGGUCCUGUUUCUGUACAUGAGCAAACCAGAACCAUUUGAAGUUUCCCCAGAGCCUAUCAUGACAUCUACUAGUCUUGAAUUUGCCCCUUGAGCCUAGAAAGAAUUAUUCAAGAAAGUUUGCUUUGCAUAUACACAAGCAGCAAACAGUUAGUCUAACUAAUAAUUAGUUAUUUGAAAGGGUGAUUGUACAUUUUCUUUUCCUUUUCUUUUUGGUUAAUGGUUUUGUAUAUGUGAGCAUUGAGACUUGAGUAAAAUUUGUCACAGCUUUUGUUGUUGGCGUGUCCAUGCAAUAAAGGGUUGCUGUCCUUUA